AUGUUUGCAGAUCAAUUAUAUCUUUUGGCAUGCUUGUUUGCCUCAAGAGCAGAUUCAGAGAAUCUUAUAAGAGUGUUACAUCAUGUUGAGUACUCAAUGAAAUUUGUUAAGAUCGUAUGCAUCCUUUGGCCAGAAUUGAGUGACCCUCUAUCUUUAAGAUUCUUAUUUAACCACCAAAAAGAUGCUCAAGUCAAACCAAUGACAGAUGAGGAAUUGGUUGUUUCUUUGUUAGAAAAAGAUAGCAUGCUGAUACCCAUGGUCGAAAUAAAUAAUGAAACAGUUUCCAAUAGACGACAACAAUUAGAACAAUUCAUUAAUUCCAAAUGGGAUUCAUUAACUUCCAUUAAUGAUAUAGACACAUCCUCCUCGUCAUCAUCAAUUAGUUGGCUGAGUAAAAGAAUUCUUCUUUGUAACGAUUCAUAUCCAGGUGACGUUUUCUUUUACGAACCUUUGUGGAAUUUACUAAUUAAAGAUGGAGUAGUGUCUGAGAAAGAUCGUCUAUUCCAAUGGAUCAAGGGAAUCAUCAUACCGCUACAUUCUAUAAGUAUUAGAACACAUGCGAUGACCAAGAUUAUAGAUUUUGAAAAGAUGAACGCUACGGUCACUUUCCCAUUGAUAUUAGAUGGUAAAAUAUUCCAUGAAUUGAUUCCAUACUUGGAUUUUACUAAUUUAUCUAACGAGUUCAUUGAAAAUUAUUUUACCAAUGAGAAUUUCCUGCUAGCCACUGUACAAAAUUAUGAUAUCUUUAGGAACAUUUUCUUUGCCUUCUCUAAUGAAACAUCCAAGAGCAAUUUUGACAAAGUGUGUGGCAACGUUGCAAACAUUCUUUUCGAAAAUAGCUCUAAUUUAUUAAAUUUCAAAUCGCUAGAGGAAUUAAAGAAUAUACUCAACAGGAUUCCAAAAGAUACUCCCAUUGCAAAAUAUGACAUCACAGUUGCUGAUGUAACGGAAUAUAUUCGUUAUAUGGAAGUUAUGUUAUCAAAUUACUCUUUAAAGGAAGUAUACACGAUAUCACAGGAGGAAGAAUCUGCACAGUUGGCCCAUUUUGCAUCUUCUUGUAAGGAAGAAUUAAUGGCAGCAUUGAAUAAUAACGAAGAAUCCACAUUAUCUCAAAAAUUAAAUUCAUUGUAUACAUUAUCCAAUGCGUCAUCUAGUGUAUUCAACCGUUUAUCUACCAAAAUUCAACAAUCAAUUCUCUUAGAGACAGUUUUGGAUAUGGGCCAAUUUGACAUUCUUCAUGAAUUUAUGAGUGAAUACGGUUCCAAUUUAGAGACUGAUUUAUUAGAGAAAUAUUUUUGGAAAUUUUUCAAUAAUGCCACAAAUGGAUCAUGUAAGAGAGCUGAAAUGAUUAAAUCUCAAAAAACACUAAACUUAUUAUUGAAGCAAGAUGCAAAGAAAUAUGAACGAUUACAAAGUUUAUUAGAUGUAGCUGAUGAAAUAUCAAGAUAUUCCAUGAAUUUAGGGAGAGGUAUUAUAUUUAAACCUUCGAACAUUUUAGAUUUCCAAGAGGAUCCCUACCAACUUAUUUCCACAUUGUUGGAACUAAACUCAUCAUUGUAUAAGGAUAUACUGGUGACGUUUACCAUUUUGAAGAAAUUAUAUACUGCCUUAGAGAAAUCUUCUCUCAGGAGUACAAACUUUGAUUACGAAUAUGAUAAAUUAUUAAUUAUUCACAUUGAUCAUGCCUUAGUUAAUAUGGAUUUCCCAUUUGCAUUUAAUAUGACUAAAGAGUUGUUAGAGAGAGAAAUGAAAUCUGAGAAUGAUGACUUGAUUCGUGAUCACUGGUUAACCAUCUUCCAAGUGGGCAAAUUUGUGGACCCUAAUUGGCUUGACAAUGAGAUUCCUACGGAGAUUUUAAUGUCACAGAUGGAGGUCUUAGCUGAACUAUUGAAUGUCUGUCCCGUGGAAGAAAUAGAAAUAAUUACCUCACAUUGGAGUGGAUUAGAAUUGGAAUUAAGUGCAAGAGACUUGGUUAAAGAUAAAUAUUCACUUGCAUCUUAA